CCCAUAAAAAUCGGUAAUAAAUAUUAGUUUCCCAUAGCGUACAACCCUAAAAAUCGUAACAAUUACAAGCUGGCAACAUAGGUAAUGUGAAAUUUGUUUCUGCUUUCAAAACACUGAACGCUGUCAAUUUCCCUGAAAUACACUGAAUCCACUACCUCCAAUCUAUUACUGGUUUUAUUAUUCUAUCACAAUUUUAUAUAUGAAGUGAAAAAGUCUGUUAGAUUGCCGAAAUGCAUUCAAUCACCGACCACCACGACGCACAAGUAAAGGAGGAGCCUUGGUACUCAGUAUCAGAUGUAGCGGCAGUCAAUAUACGGGGAGACAAUCUGCAUGUUACUGGUGACACUAAACAACAGUCGCUUCCACUAGAUGAGAAGUAUCGGCAAUACAAUGAAGGUAGAAAUACUGAUGAGGAGCAGUGGACUGAAACAGAGGGUAAUGGGCACGACGUAGAUAGAGUAGUGGUUGUAAAGACUGAGUAUGUUGAUGAAAACGAAGAACCAGCAGAUGUUAAGGAUAUAUUGUGUGGUGAGGUAAAUGAUAAUGUCCUAGAACUGUAUGAGGAUCAUGAAAUAAAAAACGAGAUGGUUAUAGGAUCUACAGUUGUACAAGUGGAGUCUAGUAAAUGCAUGAAGCAUGAUAUACAAAAGUCGAUACAACAGAAGAGAAGAGGACCAUCUAACAGUAAACAAGUUCAUAUGUGUGAUAUAUGCAGGAAGACAUUCAAGGAUCAUAAAACACUAAAAGACCAUGUGUUAUUGAAAAACCAUGUUGUUGAAAAGCCAUAUACUUGUAAUGUUUGUAACAAAUGUGUUAGAAACAAGAGAAAUUUAACCAACCACAUGCUUAUACACUCAAAAGAAAAACCAUAUAGUUGUGGUGUUUGUAACAAAUGUUUUAGGUCCAAGUCUAGUUUAACCAGGCACAUGCUUGUACAUUCGAAUGAAAAACCAUAUACUUGUAAUGUUUGUAACAAAUGUUUUAAAGUGAAGAAUAGUUUAACCAGUCACAUGUUGGUACAUUCCAAAGAAAAGCCGUAUAGUUGUGAUGUUUGUAACAAAUGUUUUAAAGUGAAGACUAAUUUAAAACAGCACAUGCUUGUACAUUCAAAUGAAAAACCAUAUACUUGUAAUGUUUGUAACAAAUGUUUUAAAGUGAAGAAUAAUUUAAAACAGCACAUGCUUGUACAUUCAAAUGAAAAACCAUAUACUUGUAAUGUUUGUAACAAAUGUGUUAGAAACAAGAGAAAUUUAACCAACCACAUGCUUAUACACUCAAAAGAAAAACCAUAUAGUUGUGGUGUUUGUAACAAAUGUUUUAGGUUCAAGUGUAGUUUACCCAAGCACAUGCUUGUACAUUCAAAUGAAAAACCAUAUAGUUGUAAUGUUUGUAACAAAUGUUUUAAAGUAAAGAUUAGUUUAACCAGUCACAUGUUGGUACAUUCCAAAGAAAAGCCUUAUAGUUGUGAUGUUUGUAACAAAUGUGUUAGAAACAAGAGAAAUGUAACCAACCACAUGCUUAUACAUUCAAAAGAAAAACCAUAUAGUUGUGGUGUUUGUAACAAAUGUUUUAGGUUCAAGUGUAGUUUAACCAGGCACAUGUUUGUACAUUCAAAUGAAAAACCGUAUACUUGUAAUGUUUGUAACAAAUGUUUUAAAGUGAAGAAUGAUUUAAAACAGCACAUGCUUGUACAUUCAAAUGAAAAACCAUAUACUUGUAAUGUUUGUAACAAAUGUGUCAGAAACAAGAGAAAUUUAUCCAACCACAUGCUUAUACAUUCAAAAGAAAAACCAUAUAGUUGUGGUGUUUGUAACAAAUGUUUUAGGUUCAAGUGUAGUUUAACCAAGCACAUGCUUGUACAUUCAAAUGAAAAACCAUAUACUUGUAAUGUUUGUAACAAAUGUUUUAAAGUGAAGAAUAAUUUAAAACAGCACAUGCUUGUACAUUCAAAUGAAAAACCAUAUACUUGUAAUGUUUGUAACAAAUGUUUUAAAUUGAAGAAUAAAUUAAACCAGCACAUAGUUGUACAUACCUAUCCAAAGCCUUAUAGUUGUGAUAUUUGCAAGAAAUGUUUUAGACACAAGGACUAUCUACCCAUACACAUGCGUAGACAUUGCAAUGAAAAGCCGUAUAGUUGUGAUGUUUGUAACAAAUGUUUUAAAGUGAAGAUUAGUUUAAAACAGCACAUGCUUGUACAUAUCAAUGAAAAGCCAUAUAGUUGUGAUGUUUGUAACAAAUGUUUUAGAAAUAAGAGCAAUUUAACCAAACACAAGUGGUGUCACCGUUAAUAACAUUUCACGAUUAAUUUUAUAUUGUUAUUUUGUACAUAAGUAUGUACAAAGUGGCAGCUCUGUCGUGCAAUUGUACAUCUGUUCACUUCAUAAAAAAAUUAUAUUUUAAGUAUUUUUUGCUUUAUGUCAUUGUGUACUGUGCAACCUCUGUUUAGAUGUAGACUCCAGGAGUUUAAGCUCAGUAUAUUGCAGGUAAUAAGCUAUGGAUGUUAUUAAUGAGUCAGUGAAUUGUCAUAAUAUUUCUGAACCACCUCACCCUACCAUGUGGUGGUGAAACCUUAUUUUCUAUUUUAUUUCCUCAAUUUCUCAAUAUGCUUGUACAUUGCAAUGAAAGACCAUGUAGUUGUGAUUUUUGUAACAAAUGUUUUAUAAUCAAGCACAUGGACGUACACUCCAAUGAAAAAUCAUUGGAUUGUAUAAAUUAUAAAAUAUUAAAAUUAAGAACCUAUUAAAAAAUGUAAGACUAAUAAAAACUAUUAGUUGUAUAAAAAUUGUUUUGGUAUC